UGAAGCUUACAACAGUAAACUACAAUGGCUUUUAAGUUCGUAAUCCUCGCCUGCCUGGUAGCGGCCGCUAGCGCUGGGCUGAUCUCUCACGCUCCAGUCACAUACCACGCUGCUCCAGUUUACGCUACAGCACCAGUCGCUAAGGUUGCCUAUUCCUCACCAGUAGCUUAUGCUGCCCCAGUAGCAAAAGUUGAAGAAUACGACGCGCACCCGCAAUACAGCUACGCAUAUGACGUCCACGACAGCCUCACAGGAGAUUCCAAGAGCCAACACGAGAGCCGCGACGGAGAUGUCGUACACGGUUCUUACUCCCUGGUAGAUUCUGAUGGCACAAAGCGCACUGUUGACUACACAGCUGAUCCCGUGAACGGUUUCAACGCGGUCGUGCACAAAGAAGCUCUCGGUGUCAAAGUAGCGCCCGUGGUUGCGAAAGCGGUGGCCCCUGUUGUUCACGCUGCCCCAUUGAAUUAUCACGCUACUCCCGUGAACUAUCACGCUGCUCCCGUGAACUAUCACGCUACUCCCGUGAAUUAUCACGCUACUCCCGUGAACUAUCACGCUGCACCCAUUGCCUACUCCGGGAACCUAUACCACCAUUAAU